GAUCUCGCGUUAGAUCACUGUAUAUUUGGGAGAAUUAAGGAAAACACUAAAACGUUAUCUGACAGUUGAAGUGUUUCAAUGAAUUAAGGUAAACCAGAGAUUGUUGUUAAAAUCCUCUCAUGUGCUACAAUUACCUAUAUUUACUGACACCUGCACAGCAGGAAUAGUUCUGCGCAGUAUUGAUGGCCAGACUCCUUGAAGACAUCCACUACAUGUGAAACUGUUCACUGGCCCACACUAUUCCGUCUGCUCUCUCUUCAAUGAUGUAGGUGAGCUUGAUCAUCGGUGCAGCAGUUCCUUGUAGAGGACCAGGCAUUCCCUAUCGCCUUUGGUGGAUUCCUGUCCAGAGAUCCAUGUCUCUCUUCCUUCACUCUUUACCACCCUGACUUAAUACGCCUCUCCUCAGUAACCAGUGACUUUAGUGUGUCCCUGGCUGAACAGUCCUCCUGCCCAUUCUCCAUUCACCCUAAGGCCAUGCUGUUCUCUCUGCGAGAGCUGGUCCAAUGGCUUGGCUUUGCCACAUUCGAGCUCUUCCUCCACCUUGGGGCGUUGUUGGUCUUCAGCGUGCUGGUAGCGCUGCGGGCAGAUCUCUUUGUCCCCGGGAUGAGCUGGUGGCUGGUCUUCGUCCCCCUGUUCGCUGCCGACGGCCUCAGCACCUACUUCACCGCCAUCGUGUCCAUCCGGCUGUACCAGGAGAAUGAGAAGCGGCUGGCGGUGCUGAGGCUGCUGUGGGUGCUGACAGUGCUCAGCCUCAAGCUUGUGUGUGAGGUGCUGCUGUGCCAGAAGCUGGCUGAGCAGGAGCAGGCGCGCGACCUGUGGUUCGGUCUGAUCGUCUCGCCGCUCUUCAUCCUCCUUCAGCUGCUGAUGAUCCGUGCUUGCCGCGUCAACUGAGGCCAGGGUCCGCUGUGACAUUGAGAGCAUGAGUCGGUUAUCGACCAUAAAAGGUCCGGGCUCAUUAAUGCUAAGUUACUGUUUUAAUGAACUGACUGUUGGGAAGCCGUUGAUGGACUUGAUGACUGGUGACGUGAGGGUCAUGAGCUUCCAUUCCGUUUCUGACCGUGUCUGGACAAUGUGACCGUUUGUUUCCCAUGAUCUUUGUCUGCAUGGCUCUCGGCUAAACACUGCUGCCUCUGUGGAUAAAAUGUAUCAUUAUUUGAUGUAUGUAUUCAUGACAUUUUAUCCUGCAAUGUGUCAUCUUAUUCCCACCUUGAAAUGUCAUUCUAGGGAGGAACAUUUGGCACGUUAAGUUGUUUUUCUUUUGAAUUUGGUAAGACUGUUGCCAGCUUCAUUGAUGAUUUGCCCAAUUUCCUAUUUGCUUUUUGGUACCAUUGUUGUAUGUGUUGAUUGUGUAUGUAAAUAACCCUUAAACCUUUAAGAUGGUUAAGUUCAUAAUGUAAUAUUCUUAAUAAAAAAACCUGAUAUGUAACAUUAAUUCUGAAGACAAUAGUGCUAUGGUAGACUAAGAUUUUUAGUUUUCUUAAUACCUGUGAUGAUGAUGUUUUUCCACAAGGUGUUGCUGUUUUAUGGAAGUUGGGUGUUGUGACCCACUGCUUUCUUUCCAAUACCGAAGGCAAUAUGGGAAGACUGUUGAAAUGAGAACAGUUCACAAGCGAGUGAAUUAAUAUAAUUAUAACUAAAAUGAAUCUUUAAGGUUGCAGGAGCUUCAUUUUGUGAUAUGUUAGAUUAUUUUGCGUCCAUCAAGCACUAAUCUCAUUUUAUUUUCCCGUUGUUAUGUUAACGACUGGAUCCAACAUCAUUCACUCACCAAUAAUAUCACAAGAUUCUAUGUUUUCCUUAAAUGAUGUGUAGAAAUGAUAGACCACUUGACCAAACUAAGAAUAUUCCACUGUAUUCCACCAUUUUCUCUGCUGGAAAGGCAACCGCAAAAACUUUUAUUUUAGGCCCAUGGCUGCAGAUAUGAUUUUUCUUUUUUGCCUGACCUGUAGAGAAGUUCCAGAGAAUCAACACUACAUGGGCUAAUUGUGACUGUCUGAUCUACAAAUACUAUUCUGCUGUAUUUUAUGAUGCAAGGUGAUCUAUAGAUCAUCAAUUGUCAGUCAGCUUAAGUCUUUUGACCCUGUUGAACACAGACUAUGGGCUUAUUUGAGUGGUAACCCACAAGCAGCUGAAAUCAGGGGUGGGGCUUCUGUAACAGACUAAAACACUACUGCUUUAAAUAAGGCUCAGGUCAACAUGGUGGCGUUGCCGAAUGUUAGUGUUUCUCUAUAAAUUGUUGAAAUAAGUCUAACUCAUAUCACACAUUAAACUUUGUUUAUUUGUAAACA